GACCAGUUCAUCGGUAUAGAGGGAUGAAUGAGUGCGAGGUGGUUAUUCCGCAGCGUGCCGACGCCGGUCGACGCGUCGCGUCGCUGCGCCUCAGUUGCCGCUACAGAAUUGUCGGGAUAGCGUCGCCGCGAAAUUUCUCCCGCUGAUACCCAUGAAUGGAAUCGAAAACUGCACGAUGAAUAAACGAUUGAAUAAAUCUUGCGCCCAAUAAAUCCGGUUGAAUAAAAUUAAAUAAAAAACGGGAGUCGAAAUUUGUGCGCGAAACUCGACGCACCGCAUAAAUUCGCCAAGUUCGAGAUGCGCGACUUUCGUGGUCCCGAUACGACGGGCUUAUUUUUUUGCCCGCGUUUAAACGCGGUAAGAAUUUUUCACGCCUAAUUAAAACGUGGGAAAAGUAAUUUUAUCGUUGACGGAGAAUCACAUCGUCGCGUAGACGUUGUGAUAAAAUAAUCGCGAUACAGUAUAGGAGUUUAAUUAGCCGUUAAGUCGAACUGGGAAAAUCCGAUAUCUUUUCCUCGAUGGAAUUCUCGUUUCUUGCCGCAAUAAAAUAACUAAGUAAACAAACGGCUCCUUACGCUUUCGGAUCCCGAUAUAGGAUAAAUUGUUCCGUGAAAUUAAAUCCCUCGCGAACUCAUCUCAAAAUGAGAACGGUGCAAAUAAUGGAAAUUCCUCGCAUAAUUUCGCAGCAAAAAGUAAUUCUUCCUUUAUAUUGAAAUUUCAUUUCCCACUCGAGGUAGAUUACCGACAAGGGAUUUCUUCGGCUAUAAAUAAAUCCUCGCAUAAUUAUUAUCCCUUCUGUUUACCUCGAUGUAUAAAUAACAAACAACUUACGCGUGAAAAUCAGUGAAAUAUGUUCCAGACAACUCGUCCAGUUCUUCUUCUCAACCAAACGGUGAAGUGACCGAUGUGCGUUCUGUCCGGCGUCAGUCGCUUGAAUCGCAUAAAAGUUUUCCACUCGCAAUUAAAUCAAGUGAGGUUUCACGCGGUGUUCGUUCCGAGGCUGGGCGUUCGCAAGUAGUGAGAGUCAGCGUCAGGUCAGCCCGCACGUUUUUCGUACGAAAGAUGACGCCGAAUAUUUUUCUUCGCCAUGAAAUGUGCGGAGCGAAGAAGUAACAGCAGCCGGUGUCGCACAGCUGUGUCAACGUUCGAGGGGGUGUCAGAAUCGCUUUGAAGAAAACUGGGGCCGAACGUCAUGUAUAACUUUUAAAUUUCUAUACGCAGUAGUCUGAGGUUGGUUUUUCUAUUUUCUCCAUUCAUUCUACUUGACGAAAAUUUUUUUCCAACGAUCAGUGCAGUUGUACGUACGUGUAUUUUGUUUGCGAAAACAACGCGACACGGGCCGAAACUUCUAUUCUCCACCGCGGAGAGGUUUCAUAAUUUUUUUUUUACCAUUUUUUUUUGCCCCCCCCUAUCGAUUUUUCCCGGUCUAUUCCGGACUUAAUGAAGUGACUAUACCCGUCAAUAUCUACGUCUAUUUAUCGACCCAUCGAUUAAACACGUCGCGAUGUCGUCGCCCGAGUUUUCAAACUCCGAUAUCGGGGUAUCGAUUGUCCGGGGAAUUGCUCUGGGGCAACAAAGCCUCAGUCAACUUUCGUCCACGAUUCAUCCGCAACUUUCAACGGUUACUUCAACUUCGAACUUCAACACUUCGGCGGCCAAUGUAAACGGAGAGGUUGCCGGAGGUGGCACCGCCACCGGGUCGGCAGGUGGUGAUUUGCUCGAAGGAUUGAUCGUCCCUUUAUACGCGACGAUAUUUGUCCUCGCCGUCAUAGGAAAUUUGCUCGUCGUCGUCACCCUGGCUAAAAACAAGAGGAUGAGGACGGUCACAAACGUUUAUCUGCUGAACCUGGCCCUGUCAGACCUGCUGCUCGGUGUAUUUUGUAUUCCGUUCACUCUCUUGGGACAAAUGCUGAAGAAUUUCGUCUUUGGCACCACGAUGUGCAGGCUGAUCCCCUACUUUCAAGCGGUCUCCGUGUCUGUUAGCGUGUGGACUCUGGUGGCGAUAUCCCUGGAGAGAUACUUCGCGAUUUGCAGGCCUCUGAAGUCCCGUCGUUGGCAGACUCGAUGUCACGCCUGCAAGAUGAUCGCCGUAGUCUGGGCGGCGAGUCUGGUCUGGAACGCCCCGAUCCUCGUUGUUUCGAGCCUCAAGGAGAUCAGCGGAGGUAGGCAGAAGUGCAGGGAGGAUUGGCCGAGCAUCGCGGCGGAAAGAGCGUUCAACAUAUUUCUCGACGUCGUGUUACUGAUCGUACCAUUGAUAAUGAUGACGUUGGCAUAUUCGUUAAUCGUUACGAAGUUACGCCGACGUGAGAUUCAGCACAGUUCGAGCUAUCAGAGGCCACUGGAAAGGACGAACUCCUCCGCGACCGUGAACGGGACUUGUCUGCCGAAUUCCUGCAACGACGCAAACAACGGGAAGGGCGUCGUCGCACCCCUCAAGCAGCACAGGCUGCUGCCCUCAUCGGGGUAUCUCAGAGGAGUUCCGAGGACUUUGUCGCACGGCGCCUUGGCGCAGGACAGCGCUAUCAGGAAACCCCGACAGGCGACUUCUCGGAGAAGAGCGGAGGCCGUGAAGCUUUGGCUUAUGAAGGGAAUGGUCCAACUGCCGGGUUCGGGUACGCCGAAGGUGGUGGCGUGCAGGAGUCGAAGCGGACCUGCCCUGUCGUCGACGCCGGGACGUCGUCAGGACAAGGGGAUGCAGGUGGAAGUUGAAAAUCCGGAGGAAUCCGAGAACUCCGUUGGCGAGGAACAGCACGACACCACCUACACGUUCAGCAGACACGCCAUACGGAGCAACUACAUGGACAAGAGUAUCGAAGCAAAAAAGAAGGUGAUCGUAAUGCUUUGCGUGGUCAUGCUGACCUUCUUCAUAUGCUGGACGCCUCUGUGGGUCAUUCAUACUUGGUAUUUAUUCACCCCGAAAUUGGUGUACGCGGCGGUCGGUCGGACCGGUAUCAGCCUCAUACAGCUUCUGGCUUAUUGGUCGAGCUGCUGCAAUCCAAUUAUCUACUGUUACAUGAACCGGAACUUCCGUCAGGCCGUAAAGAGUGUCUCUUACGAAUGCUGGAGCGCGUACUGCGGAUGCGGUGACGAGGCUGUAGGCGGAUCAGGAAGCGCUGCGCGCAACGGACCGCAUCAAGGACCCAACAGCGAGGUCAGCGGCAACGAUUCUACAAUCUACCUUGGGCGUGCCUCGAUAAUGGCGAGAACCGAAGUAGUCCUCCUCGAAGCGGAGGAUCGUGUUUAGCAGCGGCUGCGGGGCGAACGAAUUCCAAGGUUCAAGCGGAAGUGGGGGUGCCUCGAUAAUCGUCAUCAGCGGAAACGGAAACGCGACGAUAUCGCCGGGGUCGGGAG